GAGGGUUCCUGAGAUUUAACUGAGAACAAUCUAUAAUGUUCCCAGCACAAUUUGUCCACAAUCUGUGUACUCUUAUAAAUGACAAGAUCCUCUUUUAAGGUCAAGGAAAACCUAAAGCUGAGCACAUGAUUUGUCCUAGUAAUUUCUACUCUGGUACUUGGGGACAUAAAGGAGUAAUAAGAUCACUGUCCUUUUCCCAGAGGCUAUGUCCCUGUGCUGUGAUGAAACUGGACCUGUCAGGGUAUAAAAAAAGAACACCAUCAGGGCAAAGGCAUUGCAUCUUGGCAAGAAAUGCUUCGCAUACUUUCCACCAUCAUCAGGUUCUCCUUUCUAACCCACAAACCCCGCUUCUAUUUAAAUCCCAGGCGCUCCACUGGACCACACUCGUGUCAGCCAGUGCCUCGGCUGUCCGGAGAGAAGAGACACGAUAGCAUGGCUCCAGGAGAAAAGGAAAGGGAGGAGGGCCCAGCCAAGAGCGCCCUCCGGAAGGUACGAACAGCCACCCUUGUCAUUAACUUAGCUCGAGGUUGGCAGCAGUGGGCCAAUGAGAACAGUAGCAGGCAGGCCCAGGAGCCAGUGGGUUGGCUGCCUGGAGGGACCUCGGAUCCAUCUCAAGCUCCUAAAUCAGUAAUAAGCCCCACCACAACCCACCACCAAGCCCCCAAUGUCCCAAAGUCUCCCCCUCCAAAGGCAGAGGGACAUGACGGUGGACUCAACUCAGAGGAAGUCACAGAGGUCUCCCCUAUCAAAAGGAAAGAAGUGACCAAAACAGUUGUCAGCAAAGUUUAUGAGAGGGGAGGCGACAUGACCUACCUGAGCCACAGGUAUGAGGAUGGCCCCUCGCCUGCACCUGCACAACCAGAGAAUGACAUCGACCGGCUCCUCCACAGUCACGACUCUCCAACUCGGAGGCGAAAAUGCAUCAACCUGGUGUCGGAGCUGACCAAAGGCUGGCAGGUGAUGGAACAGGAGGAGCCUAAGUGGAAGAGUGACAGCGUAGACACAGAGGACAGUGGCUACGGUGGGGACACGGAGGACAGGCCUGAGCAGGAUGGAACGCAGGUGGCUGCUGCCAGGAUCAAGCGCCCCUUGCCCUCCCAAACAAACAGAUACACAGAGAAACUUAACUGCAUGGCCCAUCGGAAAUACAGCCAGGUGGACAACCUGAAAGGGAGAUGGCAACAGUGGGCUGAUGAGCACAUACAGUCCCAGAAGCUCAAUCCCUUCAGUGAAGAAUUUGAUUAUGAGCUAGCCAUGUCUACUCGCCUACACAGAGGAGAUGAGGGCUACGGCCGCCCGAAGGAGGGAAGCAAAACAGCGGAAAGAGCCAAGCGCGCAGAGGAACACAUCUACAGAGAAAUCAUGGAGCUAUGUUUUGUGAUCCGCACCAUGGCUCGCCACAGACGCGAUGAGAAGAUCCAAGUGACUUUCGGAGAACUCUUUGACAGAUACGUUCGUAUUUCAGAUAAAGUAGUGGGGAUUCUCAUGCGGGCCAGGAAACAUGGGCUGGUGCACUUUGAAGGGGAAAUGCUGUGGCAAGGCCGAGAUGACCAGGUUGUGAUAACUCUACUAGAAUAAUUGGCAGUGAAACUGGACCCACAACAAACUUGGCUUACUGCUAAGGGCUAAUGUAUGAAAAAAGUU